GCAUUGGCUCAUAGUUUAAGAUGGCGCCCUCCAUGCUGGUUUGGCGGUCACGCGGUUUACAAGCAAUUUCUCAAACAAAUCCUAUUCGUGCAUAUGCCUCAACUUCUUGUCCUAACCAAAAUAUAAAGUCAUCAUCAACGGAUGACAAACCUGUAGAGGCAAAUGAGAAGGGAUUUGUCGAUAUCGAAAAUCCAUAUAAAAAGGAACCUCAAAGAUGUAUAAUAUGUAAACACAACAUAGAAUUGGAUUACAAAAAUGCUAGACUCCUUAGUCAAUUUAUUUCACCAUAUACGGGAGGAAUAUAUAAUCGAAGUGUAACCGGACUGUGUAUUUAUAUGCAAAAAAGAAUCGCCAAGUUGAUAAGAAUGUCAAGGAGAGCUGGUUAUAUGGGUUACACGAUGAAAAAUCCGGAUUUUCUUUCCGAUCCAAAGUUGUUUGAUCAUUUCAAACGGAAAUAG